UCGUUCCAUUUGUAAUCCGACCAAUCAGAAUAAACAUAACUCCAAUGGGACAACCGGCAAUGAGACUCAGUUUAAUUCGGCUUUCGGGUUAGUUGUGAUGGCGAACUGGUUCAAAGAGCAUUCAUAAGACAUCAAGAUUUGUUAUUAAUAAUAAUAUAAAUUAAAAUUAAUUUGAUUAAAAUGGAAUAUAAUAGUGACUAUGGUAGCGGCAGUUCUUCGAAUUCGUCGUCGAGUUGGAUGAACCAGCGGAGAUGGACAUCACUAGGCUCCCAACUGUCUGAUGAUUUUAAAUCGCCGAGUUUUAUGAAUUUGAUGAUGGGAAAAUGUACCUUAGAUGAAGUUAUGAAGGAGUUCCAAAUGAACGGCUCCGACUCUCCUUAUAAUCCGGAUGAGGAGAUUUGGAAUACCAGACCUGAAGAGCUAGCCGGCCUGGGCCCGGGGAGUGCGUACGUUCGUCAAAAGUCAUGGCCGGCGCCAGAGAAGACUCCUGCGCAGCGGCUGCCGCGCCCGCACAGCGGUGACUGGCCCCCAACACCUAUCGCUACUUCUACACCAGUGAAUGAAGUAUCCACGGCUUCUCCCUCUCAGAGUGACGCGCCUGUACUGACUGAGGAGCAAUUGCGCGUGCUCAGAACACUACCCGACGCUGUCAUAAACGAGCUGCUAGGCAGGAUACAGCGUAACCGCGUGCCGGGACGCUCUAAUGAGGAGUGUCGUUUCUGUAAGAACAACGGCGAGCGCGAGUCGUACUACCGGUCGCACAGUCUCCGCGACGCGCAGGGCCGCGCGCGCUGCCCUGUGCUGCGCGCGCUUGUGUGUGCGCGCUGCGGCGCCGCGGGAGACUUCGCGCACACGCUCAAGUACUGCCCACUUACAACACAAGAAGAACGCAUUAAAUCUACAGCCAUGAUGCGAAGUGUUCGCAUGGCGUCCGGCCGUCGUCGAUUGAGAAACAUAGCGCCAUGUGCCAUUACCACCGAUAACUACCUGAUUCCAAAUAAAACGCCAUCUAUUCCGUCUACUGGAAAUUUCAUGAGGUUUGACACAACGCCAUCUAUCGCUCAGAGUGGGAAUUUGUACAAUGUUUCUCAAGUACCGCUCGAUCCGUUGUGGGCCGCCUUGGAGCAGAAAUUGAUGCUAUAAAUUUAUUAUAUUUACGUCACAUUUUACACUACAUUAUGUUAUUUCGUGUAUUUAAUCUACACUUCUAGACCUUUUAUAGUCACAUAAUCUGUUAGGAUGUUAUAUUUAUGGACAAAUUCGUAGAUAGCUAUAUUUUGUAUACAAUGCUUUCCAUACAUUUUGACGUUUAUGACGUCUUAAUUUUCAUGUUAACUUAAACUAGAUAACUAGUAGACCUAUAUCUCUUAUGUAUGACAGUCCUUCAAAACAGGAUAUAAAAACAGAGCAACAAUAAUACUGCAGUAUUUAUUGCUUUAAUUUUUUAUGCAGCUCUGGCUGCCAUUGUUACUGUCUGUGGGCGGUAAUGUCUACUAUCAGGUAGACGACUUGAAAUAUGCAGUGUUAAUUACGCCUAAAUUUUGAAAUUUUAAAUCCAAUAUUUCUCAAACAGAGAAUAGGAAAUCGAAGUAUAAACUUGAGAGAUGUUUUAUGGUUUCAAACAUUUUUAUUAUUUGAUUUUACUUACGUUUCAAGGAAAUGAUACAUCCUCUAACAUAUGAAGUUAAGGUUCAAAACAGUUCGAAGAAAAAAUACUUAUAUUACCAAAACAUUAUGCAAAAUACAAGAAUGACAAUAAGAUGAAUAUAUUUGUAUACUUAUUACUAUUAAAGUUUAAAAAUAGAAUACUUUUUCAUCGAACUAAGUAUAAAAAUUUGAAACUAUCCAAUUACAAGAAUUAGGUUGUAUUUGAUUUCAAUUUAUUACACAAGUCUUGACUGACUAAAAUAUUAAUUCGAUAUAUUUAUCGGCAUAAAAUCGAUAAAUGUCGUGUAUUUUUAUUAUAUAACAUUUUAGGUAAACAAUUCCAUUAUACAUCGUUGAUUGAUAACAGAGAUUUAAUUGUAGCUUAUGUAUUAAGUUUUAUAAUAAAAGACAACUGGACAAGGGAAAAAUAGAUUGGUUUCGUGACAAUUGCGGAUUUUACUACUGCUUUACAUAUAUUUAUAUCCAUAUACACAAAUAAAUUGUUUGUCUUUUACAUUCAUUUCACUUGUCAAUAUUGAUGUAUUGAUAAAUAAAAUGAAAAUCCAUUUUUAAAUUCUUAGAAGUUCCUUAUUAGGUUAACAGAUGGCUCUGUAAUAAAUUAUUGUAAUAAAAUAUCGGUCACUUUGAAAAUAAGAUUAUAAUCAUGAAUAAAUUAUAAUACUUAUUUUUUCACGUAUAUUUUUAAAUAUUUUCUUAACAAGAUCAAUUUAUCCGCAUGUCACAGUGGAAAAAUACAAUCUGUUAAUUUUUGACACUUAUUUUUUAAUAUUUCACUUUAUUUCUAGAUUUAUUAAUUUGUUGAUUUUUAAGUAGAAAUUUAUGUUGCGUUAUUUACAAAUCAUUUUCAAUGUUUAUUUUUCGGGGAUUUGGUGUCUUUCUGGGUCAUAAUAAAGAAAACUAAUCAGAU